GUCGGGCUUUCAUCAAAUUGAAAUUGCCGAAAAGGAUCGGUAUAAAACAGCCUUCCGUGACGCAGACGGCAUGUUGUACGAGUUUACCCGUGCGGGUUUCGGACUAACAGUUCUACCUUCCGCGUUCACGCGUCGAGUGAAGUCUGUUUUAGGAAUUAUCGAUGGCGUGUUUAGCUGGUUGGACGAC